AUGCCACCUGCCACGUGUCAUACGAUGCUGAAUGCGUUUGCUCCUCGAGACUUUGAUCAAAACCGCAUCAGAAAAUCAGAGGAGCCUACAGAACCAGUGUUUGCGAUUCACGUCUAUCAAGGCAGGAACAGGAAGCAGAUGCUUCUGGGGAACUGUGAUGAGGUGGAGCUACAGAUUCUCGUCGACACUGGAAGCAGUAACUUCGCCGUGGCAGGCGCCCCACAUUCCUACAUAGACGGCUACUUUGACACGGAGCGGUCUAGCACCUACCGCCCCAAGGGCUUCGACGUCACCGUGAAGUACACGCAAGGGAGCUGGACGGGCUCGGUCGGGGAGGACGUCGUCACCAUCCCAAAAGGCUUCAAUAGCUCUUUUCUUGUCAACAUUGCCACCAUUUUCGAGUCAGAGAAUUUCUUUCUGCCCGGGAUUAAAUGGAACGGAAUACUCGGCCUUGCGUACGCCACCCUGGCCAAGCCGUCAAGUUCUCUGGAGACAUUCUUUGACUCCCUCGUGACACAAGCACACAUUCCCAACGUUUUCUCCAUGCAGAUGUGCGGCGCCGGGCUGCCCGUGGCUGGAGCCGGUACCAACGGAGGUAGUCUUGUCCUGGGUGGGGUUGAACCCAGUUUGUAUAAAGGAGACAUCUGGUACACCCCUAUUAAGGAGGAGUGGUAUUACCAGAUAGAAAUUCUGAAGUUGGAAAUCGGAGGCCAAAGCCUUAAUCUGGACUGCAGAGAGUAUAACGCGGACAAGGCCAUCGUGGACAGCGGCACCACGCUGCUGCGCCUACCCCAGAAGGUGUUCGACGCGGUGGUGGAAGCCGUGGCCCGCACAUCUCUGAUUCCAGAAUUCUCUGACGGCUUCUGGACUGGAUCCCAGCUGGCGUGCUGGACCAAUUCCGAAACACCUUGGUCUUACUUCCCCAAGAUCUCCAUCUACCUGCGAGACGAGAACUCCAGCAGAUCGUUCCGUAUAACUAUCCUGCCUCAGCUGUACAUCCAGCCCAUGAUGGGCGCCGGCCUGAAUUAUGAAUGUUACCGGUUUGGCAUCUCCCCUUCCACGAACGCGCUGGUGAUCGGGGCCACCGUGAUGGAGGGCUUCUACGUCAUCUUCGACAGAGCGAGGAGGAGGGUGGGCUUCGCGGCAAGUCCCUGUGCAGAAAUCGCAGGUGCUCCGGUGUCUGAAAUUUCUGGGCCUUUCUCGACAGAUGACACGGCCAGCAACUGUGUCCCCGCCCAGUCUCUGAACGAGCCCGUUUUGUGGAUCGUCUCCUACACCCUCAUGAGCGUGUGCGGAGUCAUCCUUCUCAUGCUCAUCGUCCUGCUGCUGCUUCCCUGCCGGUGUCCGCGUCGCCCCCGCGACCCCGAGAUCGUCAACGAUGAGUCCUCUCUCGUCAGACACCGCUGGAAAUGAAAGGCACGCUCUGACCUCAGGCGACCUCGAACUCGGCUGUUGAGAGAACGUCAGGGGCAGCAGGCAGGCGCGGGGUAGGAAGGCAAAGCCGCUUCCUGUGCGUCGGUCUGAAAUCUCUGUUCUGCUCCCAGAUGCCUUCCAGAUUCACUGUAUUCCAAUCCAUGCACUUAAAGCUUCCGAUUCUUCUUCCCUACUUGCAAGAAAAAUGGUAAUAAACACCUCAUUCUUAACC